CCACUGAGUGGAGCUGGGGGGCACCAAAGUCCUCCACUCUUCCCUUCCGUCCUCCUCCCUGCUCCCCCUCUUUUGUGUGGCUCCCCGAAUAAAUUAAAGUGUCGGCAAAGAGAAGGGCGGAGCAAGGUGCGGAGAGGAGAGAUGGAGGGGGACUGACUGAGCCUUGUGGUGGAGGAGUCAGAUCUGGUUGGUGAGGUGCAGCGUCUGUUUAAGAAGCGGCUCUUUUCUGAAUGACUGGAUGCUGAGAGGAGGAGGGGGUGAACAGAUCAGAGCGACGCAGGAGGGGCUUUUUUUCCCUUCCUGCUGCAGACUGCAAAGAAGCCGCGCAGCCUGCCAGCUGAUCCAGACGCGCUCACCUGACAGAGGCGCACCAGGACGCACCAGGACGCGUCAGAGCGGGGGUGACACAAGCUGCUCCCCGGUCUCAUUAGACUUUUACUCCCAUUACCUCCAGUCCGGAUCAGUUUUUAUACAUAUAGUUUGAAUACAAUGAAUCCACAAUAGCUGAACAGCUUGGAUCAAAUCAAGAUUCCUUCCGGUGGAUUGACUCCCAUUUGGAGGGGGAGAUUGGAAUUGCAAUUUCAGGGAAUAUCCAGAUCUUUUGUCCAGAGCAACCGAGGGGAUCCGAUGAAUGCGUAGCAGAGCCCAGCCAUGACGAUAACAAGUAAAGGGUCAAGACAGAGAGCAUGGGUCAGGGGACCCCGCAUGGGUUCAAGUCUCUGUCAACAGAAGCUGUUCCUCUACGUAUUUGUCAUCUUGCUUCAGUCAACACUUGUACUUGGAGUACUGGAGCUUCAGCUGGAUGAAGGGCAGCCGGCAGGGACCAUCGUUGGAGACAUCAGUGCGGGGUUACCACCUGGCGAAACUGCAAGCCUUUACUUCAUCUCUGACCACGAGAGCACAGGUGUUAACAGUGACCUUAACAUUGACGAAACUACAGGUAUCAUCACCACCAGGCGCCGUUUGGAUCGGGAGGAGCGGGACCACUACAGCUUCAUUGCUGUGACGAUGACAGGCACCACCAUCGAAGUGUCAAUCAGAGUCAACGACAUCAACGAUCACGCGCCUGAGUUCCCCAAAAAGAAGGCGCUCCUGAAAAUCCCAGAACACACAGCCGUGGGAACUAGAUUUUCUCUGGAUCCUGCUACGGAUGCGGAUAAGGACCAGCUGACCACUCAAGGCUACGCCAUUAAAGAGGGCAAUGUAGGACACAUCUUUAAACUUGAGAGCAAAAGGGGGGCCAACAAGGUGCUCUAUCUAGACCUGGUGGUUAGUGGACUCCUGGACCGGGAGAAGCGAUCGUCGUACAGCCUGGUCAUAGAGGCGUUUGAUGGCGGCUCACCAAGAAGGGUGGGAUCCAUGACCCUGGAAGUGACGGUGACUGAUAUCAAUGACCAUGCACCGGUCUUUAAUCAAAGUAGAUACCAUGCUAUCAUCUCUGAAAGUCUGCCACAAGGAAGCAGCAUCCUUCAGGUGUUUGCAGCUGAUGAAGAUGAAGGUGAUAACGGUCUGGUGCUUUACGAAAUUAACCGCCGUCAGAGUGAUCCUGAACGCUACUUCGUCAUUGAUUUAAAGUCUGGAGUUAUCACUUUAAAUAGACCUUUAGACUACGAGCUGAAGAGGGUCCAUGAACUCGUGGUCCAGGCCAGAGAUAAUGCAAGCCAGCCUGAGGUCACCAAUGCUUUUGUAACUAUUCAUGUUCGUGACUUCAACGACAACCAGCCGACCAUGACCAUCAUCUUCCUCAGUGAAGACGGCUCUCCCAGGAUUUCGGAAGGAGCUCAACCAGGGCAGUACGUGGCUCGGAUAUCCGUCACUGACCCAGACUACGGAGAGUAUGCGAACGUAAAUGUGUCCCUAGAGGGGGGCGAUGGCAAGUUUGCACUCACAACCAAAGACAGCAUCAUUUACUUAAUCUAUGUGGACCAAGUUUUAGACAGAGAAGAGCGAGAUUCCUACGACCUCAGAGUGAUGGCCACAGACUCGGGCACGCCUCCCCUCAGGGCAGAAUCCUCCUUCACCAUCCAAGUGACCGAUGUCAACGACAACCCUCCUUUGUUUGACCAGCAGGCUUACAGACAAACCAUCCCGGAGGUUGUGUACCCCGGAUCCUUUGUUCUUCAGGUGACAGCGAGGGACAAGGACCAAGGUCCCAAUGGAGAUGUGAGGUAUAGCCUCCUGAAGGGUAAAAACGCACAUUCCAACUGGUUUUCAAUCGACCCAAUCACUGGAAUCAUUACCACUGCUACUGCUCUGGACUUUGAGUCAGAACCAGCUCCCAGUGUGACUGUUAUUGCAACUGAUGGUGGCCGCCCGCCUCUGUCCUCCACCGCCAAGGUGGACAUCGUGGUGCAGGAUGUUAACGAUAACCCACCAGUGUUCUCUCGCAACUUCUACAACGUCUCCGUCAAAGAGAACACUCCAGCUGGGACAUGCUUCUUAGAGGUGUCAGCCACCGAUGAGGACCGGGGUUCAUUUGGAGCCAUAACCUAUGCUUUGACUUCAAAGUCUGGAGGCGCGCUGCAGACACCCUUUACCAUAAACAAGCAGACGGGCCAGCUUUGCACAGCCUCAGCCCUCGACAGGGAUGAGGGUCUGGAAAAGUAUGACCUGACCGUCACAGCAACAGAUGGAGGUGGACUGAGCUCAACUGUGGGCGUGAGGGUCAAAGUGAUGGACAUCAAUGACAACCGGCCCACUUUCUAUCCAGUCCUUUACACUGUUAGUCUUAGUACCCACAGUGCCCCUGGAACCUCUGUUGUCAAGGUGACAGCCAAUGAUCCUGAUGCUGGUGAAAACGGCAGGGUUACCUACCGCACAGUACCUGGAGGGAGUUCCCCUUUCUUCACGCUCAACAAGGACACAGGAGUGAUUUCUCUUUCACGCUCACUGCAUAGCAAAGCAAACACAGUCAUCUCCAUGGUGAUAUCAGCUGUGGAUGGCGAUGGUCUGACGGCACCUGUGAAUGCCAGAGUCAACGUGAGCAUCGUCGGAGGCUCGAUGGCGUCUCCGGUGUUUGAACAGGCACAGUAUUUUUUCACCGUGUCUGAGGAUGUUCUCAGGGGCACGGCUGUGGGAGUGGUCCGUGCUGCUACCAAGACAGGUAUCUCUAAAGGCAUCUACUACUCCAUCUCUUCGGGAGACCCAGAUGGAUAUUUUACUGUUGACAGCACAUCUGGUACCAUUCGCACAGCACUUCCUCUCGACCAUGAAACCUGCUCCAGUCUGGACCUGGAGAUCCAGGCGCGUUCCGGUUCUCCUCCUUCCUAUGGAACCAGUCGGGUCCACAUAACCAUUUCGGAUAUCAAUGACAAUGCUCCCACCUUCCUCCCUUCCUCAUCAGAAUCCCUUCUUUUACCAGAAGUCACAAAAAUGGGGACUGUCAUCUACCGCAUUCAGGCCACAGACAAGGACUCUAGUCACAACGGUCAGCUCAGCUUUGACUUGAUCUCUGCUGGGGCUGCAGGCAGCAGUGGCCAGAGGACGUUCGGUGUCGAUCGUGGCAGUGGGGAAGUUCGCCUCAUUGGCAGCCUUUCGUAUGACACUGUUCCACGCUAUGACCUCCAAGUGAUUGCCAAGGAUGGUGGGGCACCUCAGCUCAGCUCCACCUUCACGCUUGUUGUCCACAUCCAAGCACAAGAUGCUCAAGGCCCCAACUUUGACACCCUGACGUAUCGAGUGGAGCUGCGGGAAAACACGCCUCUUAACACUCGCUUCCUCCAGGUGCGAGCUCUCAACAGAGAGGCUUCUGGAAAUGGUGGCAGCUCGUCGUCUAUCUCCUCCUCCAUUUCCUACCGCCUCAGACCGGAUGGGGAUGCAGCUGGUUUCGGAAUCUUGCCAGACAGUGGUUGGCUUUUUGUUCGGAGCUCUUUGGACAGGGAAGCCAAAGACAUGUAUCUACUGACUGUCCUCGCCACUUCCAGACACGGCGGGACUGGGAGAACCGGUAGUGCCACUGUCAGGGUUACUGUGACUGAUGAGAAUGAUAAUUCCCCACGAUUGAGCCAGGAGAGAGUGUUCCUGGCUGUCAGGGAGAACCUGCUAGCAGGAACAGGCUUCGGCAGGGUCUCCGCUACGGACCGAGAUGCAGGGCUCAAUGCUCGACUCACCUAUCGACUGCUGCAUGCAGACAAGCACUUUCAGAUCAACUCUCAAACAGGUGAGAUCAGCACUCGCCUUGCCUUGGACAGAGAGCAACAGUCCAGCUAUCAGCUCUUUGUGGUGGUACAAGACGGGGGUACUCCUCCACGCAGCGCCACUGGCACUGCCCACAUCAGUGUGCUGGAUGAAAAUGACCACGCCCCCACUUUCACUCACGUCAGACCCGACAGGGAGCGGAUGUUUCAGAUAACGGAGGGGCUUCCAUCUGGGACAUUAGUGGGAUCUGUGACCGCUAAAGAUCCAGAUGAGGGAGAGAAUGGAACCGUAUACUACUCCCUAUCAGGCUCCAGAGCAGAGCGUUUCUCCCUUAACCCAAACACAGGCGAGCUUAAAACUGCUUCUCCCCUGAGGUGGGCAGAAAGAGCGGAGUACACUUUCACCGUGACCGCUGCUGACCAUGGGACGCCGGGUCUCAGCUCCACCUGUCAGAUAUGGAUACAAGUCAUCAGCUCCUCCAGGUCUAUCCCCAAGCCAAACGUCCUCUCCAUGACCCUGAACGUAGUUGAGGGGGCCGCACCUGGCUCCAUCAUCGGCUCUGUGGGCCAAGUUGACAAGCCUGAAUCUAAUGCUCUGGAGGGCCAGGUGACCUAUUUGGUAGUAGACGGGACGGACCGGGAUGGGACUUUCAUGGUGGAUCGUCUCAAAGGGGACGUGUACCUGGUCCGGGAGCUGGACUAUGAGAAGGGCUCAAGCUACACUCUUCACAUCGAGGUGUCUGACUUCUCCAAGGCGUUUCCGAACAGCUACCUGGUGAAGCUGGAGAUUCUUGUGCAGGACAGCAACGACCAUGCCCCCCAGUUCUCUGAAGACCCUGUCACCAUCGUGAUCCCAGAGAACAAAGAACCUGGAGCUUCCGUUUAUACCUUUCAGGCUGGGGAUCAGGAUGGCAGUGGGCCCAAUAGUGAACUACGUUAUUCCAUUGAGCACCAGUGGCCUCAAACUCCUGGUCUUUUGACCCUUGACCCGCUUAGUGGGGUCCUGACGCUGGGACAGCAGUUGGAUCGUGAGUCCACACCCUUCCUCUACCUGGUGGUACGAGCCACAGACCAGGCCGUGGAUCCCUCUCAGAGGCGCUGGGGUUCAGUCACUGCUCGGCUGUUUGUGAAAGAUGAAAACGACAACCCUCCGGUGUUCAGCUCUCCAUCUGCCGUCAGCGUCAUGGAGGAUCAGCCCGUAGGGUUUGUGAUUUUGCACGUUAUGGCUCGCGAUGCAGAUGAAGGAGAAAAUGGCAGAGUGUCGUACAGAAUCCAGUCAGGCAACAGCGCUGGUGGCUUCAGUCUGAGCCCCAACACUGGCUCUCUAUCCAUCCUAAAAGCUCUGGACCGGGAAGAGCAAGAAGUUUUUAACAUCACGAUUGUAGCGGAAGACCAUGGAGUACCCCAGCUGUCCACGUCUCAGGUCCUGUGUGUGCAGGUGAUCGAUGUGAACGAUGAAGCUCCGAUGUUCCAGCAAGCUGAGUUUGGGACUCAGGUGAUGGAGAACAAGGGUCCAGGAACCACAGUUCUGAAAGUCACUGCCACCGAUCGAGACCAAGGUUCAAAUGGCCACAUAACAUACGGAGGAGUGACAGAGGAUGGCUUUGUCAUCAACCCUCUGACAGGAGUCAUCACUACUACCAGGGAGCUAGAUGCAGAACAACAGAAUCACUAUGUACUCACAGUGUAUGCCAGGGAUGGAGGGCUCCCUCCAAACUUCGCCAAGGCUGUGGUUCGUGUGGAGGUGGAGGAUGUGAAUGACAACCCUCCUGUCUUUGCUAAGAUGUGGUAUGGACUCGAAGUCCCAGAAAACCAAGCGGCUGUGGAGCUUUGCUUCAUCAAGGCCACAGACCCGGACUCAGGUCCCGGUGGGGAGCUGGAGUACAAAAUUGCGGCUGGCGAUCCUGAUGGAGAUUUCCAGCUCCACAGCAGAACCGGAGCUCUCUCCACUUCACGUGGGCUUGACAGGGAGAAAAGGCCUAAAUAUACCCUUGAGGUGGUGGCAGUGGACAAAGGCAGCCCGGCUCUUAGCGCAACUGCCACAGUGGAAGUCAAAGUGUUGGACAUCAAUGACAAUAGCCCUGUCUUUAGCAGAAAUAGUUACGCAGUGGAGGUUUCAGAGGAUGCUGCAGAGGGGUACCAAGUUUUGCAGGUGUCUGCGACAGAUGUAGAUGAAGGCCUCAAUGGGAAGAUUUUGUAUUUUCUCAAUCAAGAGGCAGACGGAGCAUUUGCUGUAGACGAGGACACUGGGCGAAUCACCACAGCAGCACCGCUUGACCGGGAAAAACUGGCAUCAUAUAGCUUUCGAGUUUUUGCAGUUGAUCUUUCACCUUCUGCGCCCAGCAACUCCUCUGCCCAGGUGAAAGUUACCAUUCUUGAUGUCAACGACAAUGCUCCAUUCUUCAUCCAAGAUCCACUGAUCGUUGAAGUGUCCAGCAGGCGUUCCCAGCGUGUCUUAGCCACCAUGAAGGCUGAGGAUAAGGACUUUGGGGCCAAUGGUUCUGUGUUUUAUCGCUUUGCCACCCCAGUUAAAGGUUUCGGCAUUAACUCCCUGACUGGGGAGAUCCAGGCCACUGAACCACUGGGCGGUCUGACACAGGCUCAAAGGACCCUGAUAGUAGAAGCCAUGGACCAAGGCAGCCCAGCUCAAUCUGCCCAUGGAGUUGUGGUGAUUUAUGUGAAAGAAGUGGAGUACAAUGGAAUUCGAUUUUCAAAAAAUGCCAGAGAUGUGAGCAUCCAAGAGAAUGCUUCCAAAGGCACAGCUGUCGCUCAGGCUCAAGCCGAAUACCCGGAUGGUACACGUCAAGGGAUUAGCUAUAGUUUGUUUAGCGGAAACAAAAAACAUUCAUUUAAAAUCAGCUCCUCAACAGGUGAAAUCUGGGUUGAGAGCUCCAAUGGGUUAGACUUCGAAGACGCUCCCAGACUCCGUCUUGUUGUCAAGGCUGAAACCAUGUCAUCCACAUCCUUUAUGGCUUUUAAUUUGGUUCUGCAGGAUGUCAAUGACAACCUCCCCCGCUUCCAACUGCAGAACUAUGUGGCUUUUAUGAAAGAAGCUCAAGGAUAUGAGAUGCCAAUCAUACAGGUGAUGGCCGAGGAUGUUGAUCAGGGCCAGAAUGGACAGGUGACAUAUUCUAUUCAGUCAUCAAGCAUGAGCGGCUUGUUCAAAAUAGACCCUGUGAUAGGAAGCAUCACAACAACAGCCAUCAUGGACCGUGAGAUCUUUACACAGACCAAGUUAGUAGUUACUGCAACUGAUAGAGGAAGUCCAAGACUAGCAGGUUCAGCCACUCUGACAGUGAUAAUUGUUGACCAGAAUGACAACAGUCCCACAAUUCCUUUGCCCCAGGAGAUCCGCAUUCCUGAGAAUACUUUAAUAGGCACGGAGAUCACUCUUGUGACUGGCAAUGAUGUUGACUCCAGUCCUGCCCUUUCCUACUCGUUGCAAUUGGACCCUACAGCCUUAGGCAAGUUUGGGAUUCACCGCUACACUGGAGGUGUGUCAGUCACUGGUGCUUUGGACUUUGAGGAGAAGACAUGGUACACCUUGACUGUUCAAGCCACAGACAGCCAACACCAAACUGAGGCCAACAUUACCAUAGUCGUGGAAGACAUAAAUGACAAUGCACCUUUGUUCACCCAUGAUCUCUAUCAGAUUACCCUACCUGAGCACACACCUCCUGGAAGUGCAGUGAUCACAGUAACAGCAACCGAUAGAGACUCUGGAGAGAACGGAAGAAUCCACUACAGAGUGAUGUCUUCAACUCAGGAGGGGUUUUACAUUGAUCCCAGCAACGGAACUUUAUUCAUCAAUCAUAGAGCUGAGUUUGACCCCGAACGACCAUCUGUCAACAUCGUCAUUGAAGCCAGCGAUGGAGGCUCACCUCCUCUGUCCUCUCUGACUACAGUCCAAGUUCACAUCUCUGACAUCAAUGACAAUGCUCCAGUGUUUCACCAGUCAGAGUACAGGGCUACGGUUUCAGAAGACACCAUCCCAGGAUCUACACUCUUGAUCUUCGAGGCUUUUGAUAAUGAUCUAUCAAGAGAAAACUGCGGGUUCGAUUUUGCUAUUGCCAAUGGGAAUGAAGGAAAUGUAUUCCAGAUUGAGAGCAGCGUCCGAUUCCUGGAAGGACGUGGAUUCCAGACAGUUGGGACUCUACUGUUGGCUGAGGGUCUUGACUUUGAAACCAAGCCUCUUUACAACCUCACAGUGGUGGUGUCAGAUCGCGGCGUGCCGCAGAGAAGUUCCAGUGUCGUUGCACUGAUAACCAUUGGUGAUGUAAACGAUAAUCCUCCAGUAUUCAGCAGACCAGAGUACAUGGUGGCUCUCAGUGAAGGGGCUGUCUCUGGGACUGAGAUCAUACGUCUGACUGCAACAGACCUAGACUCAACUCCCAAUGCAGAAGUCCAGUACACCAUCAGCUCUGGGGAUGAGGUGAACUUAUUUUCCAUUGACCAGUGGACAGGAGCCUUGCGGCUUCAGCGGGCACUUGACAGAGAGCACCAGUCCACGCACGUCGUCAUUAUUCAAGCAUCAGAUGGACAGGGCUAUUUUGCCCUGGUUCCAGUCAUCGUCGAGGUCAAAGACGUAAACGACAACCAUCCAUUUUUUCCUGUGGAAACGCUGACAGCAACUAUACAAGAAAAUCAACCCGCAAACUCUCCAGUGACCGUCCUUCAUGCCAUAGAUCACGACACAGGAGUUUUUGGCCAACUCAAAUAUUACAUGAUGGAGAGAUCAGGGUCAGGAAGGGACAGCUUUGUUGUGGACCAGAAUUCAGGAGAAGUUAGAAGUAAAAUUCCCUUUGAUUUUGAGAAAAUCAACUCCUUUAAUUUUAUAGCUGUGGCUGUGGAUUCCGGAAACCAUUCAGCCACUGUAACUGUGCAGGUGUUUGUCACAGGUGAAGAUGAGUAUGACCCAUUGUUCACGUCUACUGACUUUGCCUUUGAAGUGCCAGAAGGAGCCAAAAAAGGCCAAAGUAUCGGCCAGGUCCUAGCCCGGGAUGAGGACGGUGGGGUGGAUGGGAUCGUCCUCUACUCUCUGCUUCCCAGCUCCCCAUAUUUUGAUGUAAACAAAACCACUGGCGUGCUUUUCCUCAAGUUGGACAGUUCAAGCAGCAGCAGUAGUGGGUCUGGUCGGACUAAGCGAGAAACCAGAGUGAUGACCUUGGAUGUUAAAGCCCACGGUCCUCACGAUACAUCUCGAAGUGCAGUCGCACAAAUCUCUAUUGAUGUCACAAACACUAAUUUUGGUCUGGCUUCUGAUGUCAAUGUACUUCUGAUUGUCAUCAUAGCUGUGUCCCUUGGUUUUGUCAUUUUACUUGUAGUUAUGGCUGUGGUGAUUUUCCUAGUGAAAUCACGGCGCAGGAAGAAGGGCCAGGACGCAGGAAACAGAGCCGUUGCUUCUGGGACAGCUUUGAAGAAGUUGGAUGAAUGCCACUCAGGACCUGCAGGAGAGUCCAUCUAUCACCAGACUUUGCCAGGAUACGCUGCGGAUCAAGGUGGGGCCGAUGGUGGUCCCUAUACUAGAGGGGGCUCUCUGGAUCCUUCUCACUCUAGCGGAAGAGGAUCGGCUGAGGCUGCAGAGGAUGACGAGAUCAGGAUGAUCAAUGAAUACCCACGAGUGGCCUCUAUCACUUCAUCUAUGCAGGAGCACAUCUCAGCCAGAGGACCAGACUCUGGAAUCCAGCAGGAUGCUGAUCAACUCUCUGAUAUCUCUUGUGAGCCAGCUGCUUUGGAGGGCAGCACCUGGUUCAAAGGAAAGAAACUUGGAGGCAGCUUAAGUGGAACCUUGCUCUCAGGUCAGCUCCCAGUCUAUAGAGACGAGGGCGGUGGUUACCUGGGCGUGGGGCGGGGCUUGAACAUUUCUCUUCCUAAAGACUAUGCUUUCCCUGAGGAUGGUAAACCUUCAGUGGAUGGCUCCCUCACUGCCAUUGUUGCAAGUGAUGAGGAGCUUCGUGGAAGCUAUAACUGGGAUUAUUUGCUCAACUGGUGCCCUCAGUUCCAACCUCUUGCGAAUGUAUUUACUGAGAUUGCGAGGCUGAAAGACGAAACUGCUCAACAGAGUCAAAACCCUCGCCAGCCGUUCCAGCCAAAGCCCAAAAUAGAUCCCAAACCUCGAAUUGAUCCUCCACCACUCAUCACAUCAGUGGCUCAUCCAGGGGCCAUGUCAGUCCCCCCCAAAAUCCCAGUGAUUGGACGCUCAUUCCCCCACUUGGCCUCGCUGCGAAGAUCACCAAUAAGUCAUGAAGGAUCAAUUUCAUCAGCAGCAAUGUCACCAAGCUUCUCUCCAUCUUUAUCCCCUUUGGCUGCUCGAUCACCAGCUGUUUCACCAUUUGGGGUCAACCAGGGGCCCUCAGCUUCUAUGAUAAGCAACAGGGAGCCCUCGCUGGACCAGAGUCCAGAUCAUGAGAUGAGGAUAUGACGAAAAAGCUACAGAACUAGUGAGACGUGUGAAAUUUAGCAGCCAAUUGCUUUGAAUGUCAGUUCUCAAAGAUCAUCACAAGAACUUGUUUUUUACAGUCACCUGAACAGGUGAAAAGUAGGCAAUAAAAACUCCCAUAAAGAGAACAUUCAACCUUCUUCUUGAAGAGCAUUUGGGAGACUUUUUUUAUUGGUUGGCAGUAUCGCAAGGACAAACAUUACUGCUCACCUUGACAAGAACAACCCACGCUAAAGUUUUCAUAAGUGACGCAGGUCUCUGUGAACUGAUCAGGCUGAGGAGAGAAAUUCUUCAUUUGAAUGUGCACUCAGCAUACCCUGCAGUCAGAGAUCCCUUAGUUUGUAGAUAGAUAACUGUGUAGUUUUAAUGUUACCUCGCUGGCUGGCCAGAGAGCUGAGGACCUCGUUUCUCUCUGUGUGUCUGUGGACAUUUUUUUACUAUUAAAACUGAUGUUAUGGCUGCUUUCGAAGAGAACUUUGGACUUGACAUUUGUGUUUCAAUUUUUUUUUUUUUAAGACCUAAAACAGUGUAAACUUUAUUUGCCCUUCAAUUCAAAUGACAUAUUUUGAUUUAACUAUUAUUUGUAUAAUUUUAUAAAGAAUUAUUAUUUCAUAACCAUGAUUGAUCCCAUUGAGAGGUUAUUUUUGUGUUUUUACACAUAUGUAUAUUUGUAUGAAUGCAGGAUACACCAUGUGAUGUAUGUGUCUAGAUUUUUAGACUUAUGUGACGGUAAUAAUGUGUGAGAAUUGUUUUUUGUUUUGUUUUUUACUUUAUUUAUAAAAAAACAGGAUUUCAGGAAGCAUAACUAAGCCAACUCUACUCUGUUUUGUUAGCUGAAGACUUUUAAUUUUCAAAUCGGGGGACAUCAACGAAAGAAUGAAUAAUGAAAAGUUUACCCAUGCUGCAGUCAAAGCCAGAUCCUAAAGUGUACGGCUCUGCAAACUGGCACAUUGUUAUUGCUCAUCACCUCUGUGUCUUUGAAAUAAAGUGCUUCCCAGUAUUCAGCCAUGAACUAAAACAGAUAUUCCUGUGAAGUUCAAACCCAGGUUGACAUUGUAAAAUGUCAUGGAAAAAUGCAACCCUUGAGCCAAACAAAGUAAAAGCUUCGGUGUAUGAGCCCCUUUAAAUGCACAAGACCUAAAGCAAACAGUGCAGUAUUUUUAUUCCAUUUAAUAACUCAGUUUAAUGAAUUUUACUUUUUUUCUUAAAUAUCUGUAUUGCCAUAUAAUUUAGAGUUGGUUCAGUCAUACACUGUUCCAUUGUUUGGAGAAAUGGCCCUUUACUUCUAUUCUUUGUUCAGCAUAAUCUCACAAACUGUCUUGUGCAAAGCUGUUUCCCGUUCUGCCGAAAGCUGGUUCUGCCAGGCAGGAACUCAUCUGCAUAAAAAAAAAAAAAAAAAAAAAACUCCUUAAUUACGGUCGUCUUGUCUCAGAAAUAAUUGGAAAUAGGAAAGGUUUCAUUUGAAAUUCAGUGCCAGUGACUGACCAGUGGAGUGAUGGAUGGGAAACAUUGAGUUGUACCUGUUUUUGUAGCAAAUAUUAAAUUCCUACUGCUCUCCUUUGA